UCUCCGGCGCGUGGGCUCAUCGCCGGCCACGCCGUCUGGGCCCACUUCGUCGUUCCGGCCAGCAACGCCGUCCCGGCUGGCAAGAAUCAGGGCACCAUCGUCAUUUUCAAUUUGGACUCCGCUGUUUCCACUUCUUGUCUCACUGAAAUUUUCGAGGCUUUUGGUCCGGUGAAGGAGUUGAGGGAGACGCCGUUGAAGAAACAGCAGAGGUUCGUUGAAUUUUUUGACAUCAGGGACGCGGGGAAGGCUCUAAAAGAGAUGAACGGAAAGGAAAUCAAUGGAAAGUCGGUUGUGAUUGAGUUCAGUCGGCCGGGCGGCCAUGGCAACAAGUUCUUCACCGCUCCGACCAUCGGCGGCGCCAACAAUCUCUACCCCAGGAGUCUGAAAUGCGCGCCACCGCCGCCUCCUCCUCCACCUCCGACGCCGCCCAGAAGUUUCUCCGGUGGCGCAGCCUCCAACGUUCCGCCGCGGUGGUACUAUCCAAAAACCCAGAGUUUCUCUAGGAAAUUGAGUUCCUCCAGGAAGGGGAGCCGAAGCCCGAGUAGUAACCCUAGGAAGAGCCUGGAUUCCAACGACCUGAACGGGAAAAUGGCUUCCCUCGAUUUGGAAGGCGCUGUGUGUAACGAAAUCGACGAGAGAGAACCAUGUGGGGAUUUGAGAAAGAAUUCAAAAAGCGGCCACAGUAGUAUUAGCCCUGCUGAGCAACUGCAGCCGGCGCCCACCAGGAGUAAGCUAAGGAAAUGCAGACAAUCCAAGAAGUUCGAUUCCCGAUUCCUGAUAAACGAUAACACCACGUCGUCGGAUUCCGAUUGCCGAGAUUCAAGGACCACUGUGAUGAUCAAGAACAUCCCCAACAAGUACAGUCAGAAGUUGCUGUUGAACAUGCUGGACAACCACUGCAUUCACUGCAACGAGCAGAUGGGCGAGGGCGAUGAGCAGCCCCUUUCCUCCUACGAUUUUGUAUAUCUCCCCAUCGAUUUCAACAACAAGUGUAACGUUGGGUAUGGGUUUGUGAACAUGACUUCACCGGAGGCCACUUGGAGGCUGUACAAAGCGUUUCAUCUUCAGCCAUGGGAGGUCUUCAACUCCAGAAAAAUCUGUGAAGUCACCUAUGCUAGAGUACAGGGACUGGAAGCGCUGAAGGAGCACUUCAAGAACUCAAAGUUCCCAUGCGAAAUGGACCACUACCUGCCAGUGGUGUUUUUGCCGCCUCGGGACGGGAGGCAGCUGACGGAGCCGCUCCCCAUUGGUGCCCAGAAACAGCCCGCCCCCCAUGGCCAACCAAAUUCUAGUCCAUCUUCAAUGGACGGUGAAGAAGAAGAAGAAGAAGAUGAUGAUGAUAAUGAUGGGGCAGUAACAGUGGCUGGGAAUGGCAGUGGAAGCAGCAGUAGCCAAAGCGGCGGUGGCGUUGAGGAAGAAGACGACGGCGAAGUUUCCUAAAGAUGUGUGCAAAAGAGAGAUUGGAUAAAAGAAGAUGUUGGGAUUGGGCGCUGGCCAACCUUCAAGUUGCUGACUUUCUGGCGCCUGCAGAAGCAGCAGCAGCGGCGGUGCUUAUCCUCAUGGGUGGUGAAGGGCUUUUAAUUUGGGCAUUUUCCCAAGGUCGGUUUGAGGUGGAGAAAGAGAAAGCACAUAUAUCUCUUGUUCUUGUUCAUGUUCAUGUUCUUGUUAUCUCUCACAUGGAGUGGGUGGUGGGUGUUACAUCGUUAUUAUUAAAAUUGUAGCAAAAGUUCCAAAAGAGGCAUCG